AUUUCUUCAUUCAACGAUCGGAGCUCACGACAGGUGAAUCGAAUCGUGAGCGCUCCACCGGUGAUAAAAUACUUUGAAUCGCAUCGAUCUUCGAUCUUCGAUAUUCGGGAUCAGCUAUUUUUUUUUUUUUUCUAUAUUUUUGCUUGUGAAUUUUGUGUAACGCGGAUACCUUGCUGCAAAAUGCAAUUGAACGAUCAUUGGCGAAAGAUUGUGAAGACGCUGAUCUUCGCAUUUCUAUGCACUGAAAUGCAAACGACCUACACCCAUCGUGAUUUGGCCGCCAAACGUGGUAUUGGCCUGGCCGAAAUGGAUGCCAUUGCGGCUCCAAGUGGAAAGGAUGGUUUCCAGCCGGAGAUGAUGGCUCCACACCAGGCAUCCAUACGACUGUUGACCUUGGAACGGGACUACUUCGGCAAGGGGCACAUCUGUUCGGGCGCUUUAGUGGCGCCCUCUGUUGUGCUGACCGUCACUAGCUGCAUCUUCAGCCAAGUGAAGAAGUCAUACUACCAUCCAUCAGAACUGCGAGUUGUGCUCGGAAGCCCCCAGAGAUUUGCGCACAAUGAGCAGGCACUCGUAUUCGGAGUGACCCACAUCCACCAGCCUCCAAAGGACCUGGCCCUUGCCAUUCUUAUGCUGGAUAAGGAUGUGCCUGAGAAUCUUCCAUAUAUUCAAGCAAUUGGUCUACCCAUUCCUGGAGCCACUUCCAUCCUCAACUCGGAGCACCAUAAUCUUCUGCAGAUUAACACCUGGGGCUAUGAUGGCGAUAUUCGCGAGCUGCACCAUCUGGUCACAUUGAAUGCCACCCACACAUCCUGUCAUCAGCAUCAGAGUAAAUCGCAAAGGAUUUGUGUCCAGCCGGAAACCAGCAACUACAUUCGUGGCCGGCUUUACAUGGAUGCCGGUGCUACGCUGACGGAACGGGAUCGUUUGUUGGGCCUAAGAACCAUCGACGGAGCCUUUGAGGACGUGGCCAGCCAUGUGGAGUGGAUACUGGCCCAGAUUGGGGACGGUGGCAAUCAGAAUAGCUCGAUCUGGGGCAUCCUGGGAUUCUUGGUAUUCACCGGCUACGUGAUCACCAUCAGCAGAAAGAGCUUUUCAACCUAAGAUGCCUUGAGAGGGGGCUAACGAUCUGAAUCAUGAGGGAAACUAGCCAAGUAAGAUAUCCAAGGCCUUUCAGUAGUGUAAGGCCGAGGAGUGUGAUAAUCUCGAUCCGAUCCAAUGAGUGGCAUAAUCUUCUUAAGCCACAUUAGCACAUUUAACUACAUUUAACUAUGCUGUCAAAAUGUGUUAGUAAGAUAUAAGUCCAAUGAUAUAUGUUAACUUCGCGUUCCCAAAGAAAUAAUACAGUUUUGCUUCAACAACAAUAAACAAUUUAUUAAGAU